AUGAAUUGUCUUCGUGUCCUCCUGGGAGAGAGUGGUGUGAUUGAACUUCCUGGGCUUGAGAAUCCGUGUCAAAACAUAAAAAAUGAAUCGAAACACGGGACUCAUGGAAGCAAUCGUAGGGCGCCGCUGUUGGGGAGUGGGUACGAAGUGUCGGAUGCCCACUUCCUCCAAGAGAGCGGUCUCGUUGAACCGUGCACCUUCUUCUCCAACGUAGAGCCCGAGAUCCUGUCCAUCCCGAUGAAGCCCGGUGAGGAUUUGAAUGUUCUCCUCAUUCAAAUAGAUGUCCACCCCGUUGACGUUAGAGAUCAAUGCUCCGUCCUCAUCCUUUUUCAAGUUCGAGUAGAAAGCUCGAACAAGAAAGGGUUGAUAGUUGAUCUUCUUGAUGUAGAGGAGAUCGAGGAAGUUUCCACGUUCGAGGAUAAUCCGUGCCUCACGUGGAAUGGAGUCAUGAAUGAAGCGGGCGGUGGAGAAUCGGGGAGGGAGAAUCUCCCAGUGCUCAAAUUUCUCCGAGAACCGCAUCGCCUCUAUGUGGGCGUUGAACCAAAGGAACGACCCGUCGAGGUACUUGUGCGUCGGUGGUGGAGGAGCCGAGGAAGAAGCCACGUUCUUGCCG